AUUGUUUUAAUAACCAUUCGUAUACGCGAUUUUUCAAGGCAGGUUUCACAUAGCCAGCAUUGCGUUAAGCAUUCGAGUCACGUUGUAUGUGGUUUAUAUAAUAUGGCUCAAUCACAAACCCAGGAAAAGCUCACGCGAAUUGCCAUAGUAAGAACUGAUAAGUGUAAACCAAAAAAAUGCAAACUGGAGUGCAAAAAGUGUUGUCCCGUAAAUCGAAUGGGCAAAUUAUGUAUCGAGGUGACGCCCACGGAUAAAAUAGCCCUCAUUUCCGAAGAGUUAUGCAUUGGUUGCGGUAUUUGUGUGAAAAAAUGCCCUUUCGAAGCGAUAAGUAUAAUUAACUUGGCUAGUAAUCUUGAGAGCCAGAUUACUCAUCGUUUUGGUCCAAAUGCCUUCAAAUUACACAGACUUCCGAUGCCCAGACCUGGGGAGGUUCUUGGUUUAGUAGGAACAAACGGAAUCGGUAAAUCCACAGCUUUGAAAAUUCUUCAUGGAAAGUUGAAACCGAAUUUGGGUAGAUUCAGGGAUCCACCAGAUUGGACUGAUAUUCUGCUUUAUUUUCGUGGAUCUGAACUUCAAAACUAUUUCACGAAGAUAUUGGAAGAUAAUUUGAAGGCCGUAACCAAACCUCAAUAUGUUGACCAGAUUCCAAAGCUCGUGAAUGGUGUCGUGCAAGAACUGCUCGAUCGGAAAGAUGAUAAAGGCAACCAGGAUGUUAUUCUUGAUACCCUUGAUCUCACUCAUCUGACUGAACGCAAAGUCGCUGAACUAUCUGGUGGUGAACUUCAGCGUUUUGCUAUUGCCAUGGUCUGUAUUCAAAAGGCCCAUAUUUACAUGUUUGAUGAACCAAGUUCUUAUCUUGAUGUGAAGCAGCGUCUUAAUGCUGCCAUCAUGAUUCGUGAUCUCCUCGAUAAAUCCAAUUAUGUCGUUGCUGUUGAACAUGAUCUUUCCGUGCUUGACUACCUCUCGGAUUAUAUCUGUUGUCUCUAUGGCGUUCCGGGAGCCUAUGGUGUUGUUACUAUGCCCUUUUCUGUUCGUGAGGGAAUUAAUAUUUUCCUUGACGGUAUGGUUCCAACGGAAAACUUGCGGUUCCGUGACGUCCCACUAGUCUUCAAGGUGGUCUCUGAAACAGGAAUUGAGGAGGAAAUUAAGCGAACAGCACGAUAUGAAUAUCCUUCAAUGACCAAGACCCUUGGCUCAUUCAAACUCGAGAUUCAAGCUGGUUCCUUUUCUGAUUCCGAAAUCAUUGUAAUGUUGGGCGAAAACGGUACUGGGAAGACAACGUUCAUUCGAAUGCUCGCUGGUAGUCUAAUGCCUGAUGGUGGUGUAAAGAUGCCCUCUCUGAAUAUCUCUUACAAACCCCAAAAGAUUAGUCCAAAGACCGAUAAGACUGUCCAAAAUCUCUUCUACGAAAAGAUUAAGACAGCCUUCAUUCAUCCACAAUUCGCCACUGAUGUACUUAAACCCCUCCAAAUGGAACGACUUUACCAACAAUAUGUUCAAAAUCUCUCUGGUGGUGAGUUGCAGCGUGUAGCCAUCGUGUUGUGUUUGGGCUUGCCAGCUGAUGUGUACUUAAUUGACGAACCAUCGGCUUACUUGGACUCUGAACAACGUCUCUACUGUGCCAAGGUCAUCAAACGAUUCAUUAUGCACGCGAAGAAGACAGCCUUCAUUGUGGAACACGAUUUCAUCAUGGCUACUUAUCUUGCCGAUCGUGUUGUAGUAUUUGAGGGUACUCCUGGUGUUAGUGCUGUUGCCACAAGUCCGCAAAACAUGGUGUCGGGAAUGAAUCAAUUCCUUAAAGCCUUGAAUAUCACAUUCCGUCGUGAUUCGCGAAAUUGUCGACCUCGAAUCAAUAAGUUAAACUCCGUGAAAGACGUGGAACAGAAACACGCCGGAAAUUUCUUCUUCCAUGAUGAUUAA